AUUAAUCACACUUGUUGCAAAAAUGCAUUUUAUUAUCAGGCUGUAUGCUUCAGCUCACAUAUUAAGAAGGGCCAAGUUGCUGUCUGGCUUUCACAAACCAUAAUCAUUCACAUUGUCUGUAAUCUCUUUGCUCAACUCGUCGAGCAAUUGCAACAAAGAUCAGAAUGGCAGUAGCAGCUUAUGCCUCUCUACUUUCUCUUUCGCAUGUCUUGGAGAAUCUUCAGCAUCCUGCUCGCCGGACUCGCCUUCAUCUUGACUCGAACCAAGUUCAAACCCUGCACCAAACAGUUCAGUUCUUGCUGGAAUUUCUUGAAGUUGAUUCUGGGAGAAUAAGCCAAGAAAUGGAAGAUCUGGCAAGACAGAUCGCUAUUCUUGCUGAUGAAGCAGAAGAUGUGAUUGACUUACAUGUCGUAUAUCAACUUGGUCAGGGAUCUCGGGAUAAAAGUCAGGAUAUGGCCGCCCUCUCAUCUUUCUAUCAAGAUAUACACAAAGUAGUCCAAAAGAUUGACUCCAUCAUGAACGAGUUGGGGAUGAUCCGAAAGGAGAGCACCGAUGUCUCAAAACAACAACCGGUAGUUUUUGUGCUUGAGAGUUCAUCCACAGCAUUUACUUCCAGUGGCAAGAGUAGUACCAUGGUUGGAUUUGAUGAGCACUUGGUUCGAGUCAUGGACGAGCUUACUAGAAAUGAACCUGAUCUCCAAAUCAUCCCAAUAAUUGGAAUGGGAGGUAUUGGUAAGACUACUCUAGCUAAAAAUACUUUUGACAAUCCAUAUAUUGUGCACCACUUUGAUAGACGUAUUUGGUUUACGAUAUCUCAAGAAUAUAGUGCUCGAGAAAUUCUUGUGCGCCUUCUUAAUGAUGGAAAAGACCAAGAAAGUAAUAAAACUUUGGCUCAAUUAGGACAAAGAUUGCAUCAAAAUUUAUUUGGUCGAAGAUAUUUGAUUGUUAUGGAUGAUAUGUGGAGUAUCAGUGCUUGGGAUGAAUUAAGGUUGUUUUUUCCAAAUAAUAGGAAUGGAAGUCGAAUACUGGUGACCACUAGGAUUUCAAAUGUAGCAAUUUCUUUAGGUACUCAUAGCCCUUAUGUGAUGGAUUUUCUAGAUGAGGAUAAAAGUUGGAAUUUGCUUUGUCAAAAAGCCUUUGGAGAAGACAAUUGUCCAUAUCCGAAAUUAGAAGAAAUUGGUAAGACUAUUGCAAAGAAGUGCAAUGGACUUCCUUUAGCAAUUGUUGUGAUUGGUGGAUUGCUUGCAAAUUCCAACAGGACACUAGAGCACUGGGAGUCAGUAGCCAAAAGUAUAAACUCAUUUUCUAACUUAGAAUACAGUGAACGUUGUUUAAAAAUAUUGUCUUUGAGUUAUGAUAAUUUACCUAUUCAUCUUAAACCAUGUUUUCUCUAUAUGCGGAUAUUUCCUGAAGAUGACGUGAUUAAAGCGUCCAAGCUAAUAAAAUUAUGGGUUGCCGAAGGAUUUUUGAAAACAUCGAGAGCUAAAACCUUGGAAGAGGUUGCAGAGGAAUACUUGAGAAACCUUAUUGACAGGAAUUUGAUUUUGGUUCAUAAAUGGCAUUAUGGAGGGAAGAAAGCUAAAACAUGCAGGAUUCAUGAUCUUCUAAGGGACCUAUGCUUGAGACAAUCUCAAAAAGAAUGUUUGAUUUGUGUCCCAAAAGCACAACGUAUUAGUUUUUUUGAGCCCUGGGAAAGUUGCCUUUGUUUCCUAUGCAGUUCUCGGCUCAAUGAAGAUCAAAGGAUGGAUCUCCCUGAAGUUCAGGUUGCCUCACAAUCGACAUCACUUGAAAGCCUUUUAGUGUGCGACGGCUGUAGGAUUAUGUAUCCGAAUCUGGUUAGAUUGAGAUUAUUGAGGGUGAAAGCCUAUGAGGACGAUAUAGAAUUUCUGCAUCCCACUAAAUUGCGCUACCUUAAGAUUAGCGAUGAUAUGCAGUUGAAAUUUGAAUCUCCGUCUACAAUAUCUUUGCUGUGGAACCUACAAACUUUAACUUUGAAGUUGCCCUAUAGAGUAAAUCUCCCGUCUGAACUCUGGGAUAUGCCACAACUUAGGCAUCUAAUUUCAGACGGAGUUGUUGAUUUACCUCACCCAGCAGUUACCCAAGAUUCAAUGAUCAUGGAGAACCUACAGACGCUUGCUCAUUUUCGAAAUUUUAGGUGUACAAUUGAUGUCCUUGAUAGAGUUCCAAAUCUUAAGAAAUUGGGAAUUGUUUACCUUGAGAAAGGCAGCGGUGGUCUAGAAAAUCUUGCUCGCCUACAGAAACUUGAAUCACUUCUUGUUAUAGAAAAAGAUGUGUCGCUAUUGGCAAACAUCACCUUCCCCACUUCACUCAAGAAAUUGACUUUGACAUCUUGCUGUAUUCCUUGGGAGGAGAUGACGGUUUUUGGUUCUGUUUUGCCCAAUCUUGAAAAGCUUAAAUUGUACGGUAAUGCAUUCAAGGGACCUGAGUGGAGUCCAGUUGAAGGGCAAUUUCCCCGAUUGAAAGUCCUAAUCAUAUGGGAAAAUGACCUGGUGUGGUGGAGAGCAGAAAGUAUACACUUCCCCAAACUUGAGAGACUUGAUCUUUAUGAAAUGCAUUGCUUGGAGGAGAUCCCUUCGGGUAUUGGAGAUAUACCCACACUCCUCUCAAUUCAUCUCUGGGAUUGCAGCGAUUCUUCUAUCAAUUCGGCAAAGCAAAUAUUGGAGGAACAACAAAGCUCCGGAAAUGAGAUCCUCCAACUUUAUGUAGAUGAAGGACAAGUAGUCAGUGUUACUCAAUAAUACUAUUUCAGUUUUAUAGUUUAUGAAAGAAGAGUAGCUACAUCAAAUGUCCAAACUAUUUUUAGAAUUUAUCAUUCAUGUUGUCCAAGAUUCUUGUGCUGCAGCUAAUUGCGCGACAACAAAAGAUUUCACUUUGGAUUCAUCAAUAAUAUAAAAACAUGAGAAAAGAG